AGCAUGAAGUAGUUCCCACCAGACAACGGACUGGGGUUCUCAGAUCUGGUAUUUUUUUUUUAGACAUUUAAACUUCAAGUGGAUUUUUCUUCUCAUUCAAGAUGUCUCGGGGCUCCAUUGAGAUCCCUCUGCGGGACACAGAUGAGGUUAUCGAGCUCGACUUUGACCAGCUGCCAGAGGGAGACGAGGUCAUCAGUAUCUUGAAGCAGGAACACACGCAGCUGCAUAUUUGGAUUGCUUUGGCGCUGGAGUACUACAAACAGGGCAAAACAGAAGAUUUUGUCAAGUUGUUAGAGGCGGCACGUAUCGAUGGAAACCUCGACUACAGAGACCAUGAAAAGGACCAGAUGACCUGUCUGGACACAUUGGCAGCUUACUAUGUCCAGCAAGCACGUAAAGAGAAAAACAAAGAUGCCAAGAAAGAGCUCAUCACGCAGGCCACCCUGCUCUAUACUAUGGCAGACAAGAUCAUCAUGUAUGAUCAGAACCAUUUGUUGGGAAGAGCCUGUUUCUGCCUCCUGGAAGGAGACAAGAUGGAUCAAGCUGAUGCUCAGUUCCACUUUGUCCUCAACCAGUCCACCAAUAACAUCCCUGCUCUGCUUGGUAAGGCAUGCAUCUCUUUCAAUAAAAAGGAUUACAGAGGAGCACUGGCAUACUACAAAAAGGCUCUGCGUACAAACCCAGGCUGCCCAGCUGAGGUAAGGCUGGGGAUGGGCCACUGUUUUGUCAAACUCAACAAGCUGGAGAAGGCUCGCUUGGCCUUCGGCCGAGCCUUAGAGCUUAAUUCCAAGUGUGUGGGAGCUCUUGUUGGUUUGGCGGUUUUAGAGCUCAACAACAAGGAGGCAGAUUCUAUUAAGAACGGAGUGCAGCUCCUGUCACGGGCCUACACCAUCGACCCCAGCAACCCCAUGGUGCUCAACCACCUCGCCAACCACUUCUUCUUUAAAAAGGACUACAGCAAAGUCCAGCAUCUUGCCCUGCAUGCUUUUCACAACACAGAAGUUGAAGCCAUGCAGGCUGAGAGCUGCUAUCAGCUAGCUCGCUCCUUUCAUGUGCAGGAGGACUAUGACCAAGCGUUUCAGUAUUACUAUCAGGCCACCCAGUUUGCCUCGUCCACCUUUGUGCUGCCCUUCUUUGGCCUGGGACAGAUGUAUGUGUAUCGAAGAGACAAGGAAAACGCAGCACAGUGCUUUGAGAAGGUUCUGAAGGCCUACCCCAACAAUUAUGAAACUAUGAAAAUCCUGGGUUCUCUGUACGCAACAUCUGACGAUCAGGAAAAGAGAGACAUCGCAAAAGGUCAUUUGAAGAAAGUAACAGAGCAGUACCCAGAUGAUGUGGAGGCUUGGAUUGAGCUGGCUCAGAUACUGGAGCAGACUGACAUCCAAGGAGCUCUGUCUGCAUACGGCACAGCCACCCGCAUCCUGCAGGAGAAGGUGCAGGCCGACGUUCCCCCUGAGAUCCUCAACAACCUGGGAGCUCUGCACUUCAGGCUUGGCAACCUGGGAGAAGCCAAGAAAUAUUUCCUAGCAUCUCUGGACCGAGCCAAAGCUGAAGGAGAACAUGACGAGCAUUACUACAAUGCCAUUUCUGUCACCACCUCCUAUAACCUGGCCCGUCUGUACGAGGCUAUGUGUGAAUUCCACGAAGCUGAGAAACUCUACAAAAACAUCCUCAGAGAGCAUCCUAACUAUGUGGACUGUUAUUUGCGUCUUGGAGCAAUGGCUCGUGACAAAGGAAACUUCUAUGAGGCCUCUGACUGGUUCAAAGAAGCCCUGCAGAUUAAUCAGGAUCACCCGGAUGCCUGGUCCCUGAUAGGAAAUCUUCACUUGGCCAAGCAGGAGUGGGGACCAGGUCAGAAGAAGUUUGAGCGUAUUCUGAAGCAGCCGUCCACGCAGAACGACACCUACUCCAUGCUGGCUCUGGGUAACGUGUGGCUGCAGACUCUGCACCAGCCCACCAGAGACAGGGAAAAGGAAAAAAGACACCAGGAUCGAGCCCUGGCGAUAUACAAACAAGUCCUGAGAAAUGAUGCCAAGAACCUCUACGCUGCCAAUGGCAUCGGUGCCGUUCUUGCCCACAAGGGCUACUUCAGAGAGGCACGUGACGUGUUUGCGCAGGUUAGGGAGGCCACAGCAGACAUCAGCGAUGUGUGGCUAAACCUGGCUCACAUCUAUGUGGAGCAGAAGCAGUACAUCAGUGCUGUGCAGAUGUAUGAAAACUGCCUGAAGAAAUUUUACAAAUACCAGAACACAGAGGUGCUGCUGUACCUCGCAAGAGCACUCUUCAAAUGUGGGAAACUCCAAGAGUGCAAGCAGAUGCUGCUGAAGGCCCGUCACGUGGCUCCCAGCGACACAGUGCUGAUGUUCAAUGUGGCCCUGGUGCUUCAGAGACUGGCCACUCUGGUGCUGAAAGAUGAGAAGAGCAACUUGAAGGCUGUGCUCAGUGCUGUCAAAGAGCUUGAACUGGCUCACAGGUACUUCAGCUACCUCAGUAAGGCUGGAGACAAGAUGAGGUUUGACCUCGCUCUCGCUGCGUCUGAGGCCAGGCAGUGCUCUGACCUGCUGAGUCAGGCUCAGUACCACGUGGCAAGAGCCCGAAAGCAGGACGAGGAGGAGAAAGAGCUUCGUGCCAAACAGGAACAGGAGAGAGACCUGCUGCGCCAACAGAUGUUAAAAGAACAGGAAGAAAAGCGGAGCAGAGAGGCAGAGGAGCAGAAGAAGCUCCUGGAGCAGAGAGCUUUGUACGUGGAGAAGACCAAGAACCUGCUCACCUUCGCAGAGGGGUCAAAGGAAAUCGCCAAAGAAAAGAAAAAGUCCGGAGGUGGCGGUGGAGGACGUCGUAAGAAAGGAGGUGACAUGGAUGAGUUUGUUAAUGACGACUCUGAUGAGGACCUUCCGCUGAAGAAGAAGAAGAAGAGAAAGGGCGGCAGUGGCAGCGAACAGGAGGACGGUGAAGAUGGAGAGAGGAAGAAAAAGAAGAGGAAGAAAAUCAUUAAAGGAGGAGAUGACGACAGUGAUGAUGAGGAAGGAGCAUCACAUCCCAAGAAGCAGCGCAAGUCCAAAGAAGGACGCAAAAAGAUUGAAAAGCCGCAGCCUGAGCGUCUUCCACCAUCUCUCAAAGGAAAGAUCAAGUCGAAGGCCAUCAUCUCCUCUUCUGAGUCCUCUUCAGAUGAGGACGGACUGAAAAUAGCCGAAGACAGACAUCAGAGAGACAGCGGUUCGGGAUCUGACGACGACGACGACGACGGCGGCGGCGGCCACAGGAAGCGCAUCGCGUCCGAAAGUGACUCCGAUGGCGGGAGGAACCGCUCGGGCAGCGAGGCGGGCAGCCCUCGGCGCUCUGCGGGCUCUGAGGACGAGUCUGGUAGCGACCGUCCGGUGAAAAAGAGGAGGGUGCAACGGCAGUCCGACUCAGAGCAGUCAGACAACGAGAGCAAGAGGAGUCGAUCUGGAUCGGACGAGGAGUCGAGGGCCGGUUCGCCCGCCCCAGCAUCAGACCGAGGAUCAGACAGAGGAUCUGAAGCGGGAUCUGACAACGAGGGCUCUCCACGCCGCUCGGACAACGGUUCAGAACAGGAGGCAUCCAACAACGAGGACGACAGCGAUUGAAUCUUAAAAUCGCUCUCACAGACUCAAGUGAUGCUGAGUGGUGCUCAGCAUCUACAUUUUUAUUUUCUGUUAAAAGCCAGGAUUUUUGUCCAUAUAAUCGGCCUAGAAAACUUUUUUGUAGGGGGUACGGCAUUAUGAUGUAUUGCUCACGUCUUAUAGUAAAUGUAUUUUCACAAACGCUGUGCUUUGUUAAAGGUGUUUUACGUUAGAUGAAAUGGUUUGAAUGAAAAAGGUGG